AUUCACAAGUUGUGAAUAGUAUGCUAGAGACAUUCUUCUUUAUACGAUCAUUAGUAUUUUUUCGAUAUUAAAUUAAAUGAAUAUACAUAUCAAUAGUUUAUAAUAAACAAUUAAAUAAGACUUAUAUAAUUAUGUUUAAAAUGUAUUGCGGCCAUGUUUUAAUUUAAAAGACUUUGAUGUGCAUUUGGUGGGUGAUACAUUUUCUACAUGUUUUGCCGGUCUCGUGCUACUGUUAGCGUAGGACUGCUGGGUUUCUGACACGCCCCACCUAGAAUUUAAAGUGAUCACAAGUCAGUUGAAUACGCGCCCGGUACAGGGCAGGCUAUCCAGGUUAUAAUAAUUGCAUUGAAUUCAAUCAAGUGUGUUGUAUUUUUUUUAAAUAAACAAUUGUACCUAUUUUCAAAUAGUUCUUUUUUUUGGUUAUAAUGUAUUAUUGUUGGAUUAUUUAUGAGGUUAAUGGAUUCUUGAAAACUGUUUUAUUUAGGUGAUAUUGGAAAUAAAUAAGUGUUUAGUGAAUUUGAAAGUUACAAGUUUGUGUAUUAAUUUUAAAAUUAAUAAAUAGAAGUGUGUAAAUUUGUUUACAACAGUGAAUAUGGCUGAUGACGAAGUAUUAUUCGAUGAUGUUUAUGAAUUAUGCGAAAUAAUUGGAAAAGGUCCAUUCAGUCUCGUACGACGAUGCAUACAUCGACAAACGAAUCAACAGUUUGCUGUGAAGAUAGUAGAUGUCGCUCGUUUCACAUCAAGUCCAGGGCUCAGUACAGCAGAUUUGAAGAGAGAAGCAACAAUAUGUCAUAUGUUGAAGCAUCCUCAUAUUGUAGAAUUGCUAGAAACAUAUUCAUCAGAAGGCAUGUUAUACAUGGUGUUUGAAUUUAUGGACGGUGCUGAUCUUUGUUAUGAAGUCGUACGUCGUGCUUCAGCUGGAUUUGUUUAUAGUGAGGCUGUUGCAAGUCAUUAUAUGCGGCAAAUACUUGAAGCUUUACGAUAUUGUCAUGAAAAUGAUAUAAUUCAUCGGGAUCUACGACCAUCAUGUGUUUUAUUAGCAACGAAAGAAAAUUCAGCGCCAGUGAAAUUAGGUGGUUUUGGUGUUGCAAUUCAACUACAGGAUUCACAUGCAAAUGAUAGUGGACGUGUUGGAAGUCCACAUUUUGCAUCACCUGAAGUGGCUGAAUGUAGACCGUAUGGUAAACCAGUUGAUGUUUGGGCAGCAGGUGUAUUACUACAUGUUCUAUUAUCUGGCUCCUUACCAUUUCGAGGCACUGGUGAUCGAUUACGAAGAUCUGUAUGUAAUGGUCGAUUAAAUUACAAUACACCUUCAUGGGAAUACAUUAGUGAAUCUGCAAAAGAUUUAGUCCAACGAAUGUUGACUGUGGACCAAACACAACGAAUUACAAUUCAAGAAGUUCUUAAUCACAAAUGGUUACGAGACCGGGAUAAGAGCAAUACAAAAUUACAUUUACAUGAAACUGUAGAAGAAUUAAAAAAAUUCAAUUCUAGAAGAAAAUUAAAAGCUGCUGUCUUAGCAGCGGUAUCAUCUGAAAAAUGGACAUCUGUUUAUGCAGAUCCUAGUAACGACGGAUUCAGUGACUUUGGUGACGAUGACGUCACAUCCGAUGCUGUUGGAAUGAUUUUGGAUUCAUUGGACGAUAUCCAUUGUUUACAAUCAACCACAAUAAGUCGUGAUGAUUUACUAGAACUCUUAGACGAUUUUCAACUACAAGCAUUACUGGAAUUGUAUGAUCGUAUCGCAAGUAAAGUGGUUAGUCCUGUACGUGCGCCACCUAGUGACGGUGUACAAAGAUGUCGAGAUGUUCUAGAUGCUCUUAGAGAUUUAGAACAGUCAACGCCAUCAUAUCCUCGUGCACACUAUGUCAACGAUGUGGAUGAAUUGCGUGAUCUUCUCCUCAAACCACAUCUAAAGGCACUACUGCAGGCACAUGACGUGGUGGCACACGAGGUGUAUGGAGAGGAUGCAAUGCGAGUUACACCACCGCCUAUGUUACCCUACCUCAAUGGCGGUGACGAUUUGGAUGGUCCAAAUGGUGAAAUCGAAAUGGAAAAUGUUACCAGAGUGCGCCUUGUUCAAUUUCAAAAAAAUACAGAUGAACCUAUGGGUAUAACAUUAAAAAUGAAUGAAGAUGGUAAAUGUAUAGUAGCACGUAUUAUGCAUGGUGGUAUGAUACAUCGACAAGCAACCUUACACGUAGGCGAUGAAAUACGUGAAAUAAAUGGUGUUCCUGUAGCAAAUCAGUCAGUGAAUGCCUUACAAAAGAUUCUUCGUGAAGCACGAGGAUCAGUUACAUUUAAAAUAGUACCAUCAUACCGAAGUGCGCCUCCACCAUGCGAAUUAUUCAGGAUUAAACCUCUUCCAGUAUUAAUAUUUGUACGGGCACAAUUCGAUUAUGACCCAUUAGACGAUGAAUUAAUUCCAUGUGCUCAAGCUGGUAUAGCAUUCAAGACUGGUGACAUUUUACAGAUAAUUAGUAAAGAUGAUCAUCAUUGGUGGCAAGCUCGUAAAGAUAAUGCCGCUGGAUCAGCAGGUCUUAUUCCAUCACCAGAAUUACAAGAAUGGAGAACCGCUUGUAUGGCAAUGGAAAAAUCUAAACAAGAACAAGUAAAUUGCUCAAUAUUCGGUCGUAAAAAGAAACAAUAUAAGGACAAAUAUUUGGCUAAACACAACGCUGUCUUUGACCAAUUAGAAUUAGUAACAUACGAAGAAGUUGUUAAAUUACCAACAUUUCAGAGAAAGACAUUGGUAUUAUUAGGCGCUCACGGUGUAGGUCGACGUCAUAUCAAGAAUACAAUUAUAGCAAAACAUCCAGAUAAAUAUGCCUAUCCAAUUCCACAUACAUCGCGACCACCUAGAAAAGACGAAGAGAAUGGACGAAAUUAUUACUUUGUGUCUCAUGAUGAGAUGAUGGCUGAUAUUGCUGCCAACGAAUAUUUAGAAUAUGGAACUCAUGAAGAAGCAAUGUACGGUACCAAAUUAGAAACUAUUCGAAGAAUCCAUGCUGAAAGAAAAAUGGCAAUAUUAGAUGUAGAACCUCAAGCUUUAAAGAUACUUCGAACAGCCGAAUUUGCACCUUACGUUGUUUUUAUAUCAGCUCCAUCAUCACAAAACCAACAAGACUAUGACGGAAGUUUGGAAAGAUUAGCAAAAGAAUCAGAAAUGUUGCGACAAGCGUAUGGACAUUUCUUUGACUUAACAAUUGUUAACAAUGAUAUGGAAGAAGCAAUCGCUGCAUUAGAAGCAGCCAUAGAACGUGUUCACACCACACCUCAAUGGAUACCGGUUUCUUGGGUAUACUGACAACAAUAUACAUUCCGCGACUCAAUGCAGUCGUUGCUAGAUCAGCUUUAAGAAAAAAAAAAAGUAAAAAAUAUUUCCACGAACCAAACAUGGUGUUCAAUCGAAGAUUGUCACUGCAGACUGCCCACAGCUGGUUACGCACAACAGCGAACA